UUCAUUUAUUCUUUGAUGAAUUCCUGAAGAAUCUUAAAUAUUUUUUGUUUAAAUCAAAUUUCUGGGUAAAUCCUGCUGUUAUCUUGUAAUUUUGUGUGUAUGAUCAACCGAUUCAAGCCCAAUACAAGUAGAGUAUAACUACUGAUUUUCCUGAAAUUACCUUGUGAAUCUUGAUGAUUAAUUACAAAUACUAGAAAUCUUUUGAGAAAAAUCACAAAUUUCAUGCUCAAAUACGUAUUAUAAUUGAUUUCCCAUGAAAUUACCGUUGUUUUUGCUUAAGUUAUUGGGGUUAGGCAGGUUGGGUAGCUAGGGUGAAGGGUUUAUCAAUCAGAUUAGGAAAUUUUGCCUAAAUUAGCUGUUUGUUUAGAUAACCUAGGUGUUAGUUAGUGUUGAACAAAUUCUUAGCUUCUAGGGUGGUUUGGUGUUGAUGCAAUACUUUGUAAAAACUACAAAGUGAAGAAGAAAAGCAACAGUCGAGAAAGGCAUUUUUCAUGCCUGCUGCUAUGGUGGAUGUAAAGUUUGGAGGUUAAUGGAUGUAACUAGUGGGGAUAUCAGACUUAAUUGGGUCCUUGUAGCUAUUGAAUCUUCGACUAAUGUGGUUGAACUUAUGUAGAAGUUUAACCGGUUUUAUAGAGGAUUUGAUCUUUGUUCUUAAUUGGUCCAGUGAAAUUAUGUACAGCUUGAUAUAUUAGUUUUCUAUGCUUCUUUCCGUGGAAAAUGGUAGUCGAUACUCAAAGAUAUUGUUAAUUACUAUUGGAACGUUUGAUCACACUGAAGGAAAGGCUUAAACAUUCUAGACCAGAUAAGUUGACUACCAGCUUUGCUCACUACUUUCAAUCCUGAUUUUGGAAACUUUUAACAGGUCUUUUGUUGGUUAAUGAUCUUCCUCCCAUGUACUUUUCCGUCAUUCUUUCUCUUCGUUGUUUAUACCGAGCUUGCUUAUUUUCUCUUUUAAUCAUCUUUGGCCUCUUGAUUUACAAAAAUCAACUCUACUGCAGAUAUUCAAUGACUAAUGCCAGAGAAACUGCAAGUUCAUAUGAUAAUUCAGUUGGGAAGCUUCCUGAUCAUUUGCUGGUUGAGAUAUUUAUUCUAGUUCCUGUGAGUGACUGGACUAAUGUAUCCUGCGUCAAGAAACAAUGGGCCAAUUUGUUUAAAGGAGAGUCUCUGUGGCGAGCUGCUCUUGAGAAGACAUAUCCUUUUGCUUGUCUGGCAAAAAGGUGGCCCGGACCAAUUCCUCAAGGUUUAAGUAAAAGGAGAUUCACAGCUUUGUAUAUCAGUAGGCACAUAUUUUCUCUAGAAAAUGGGAUGGACGAGAUUGUUGGACAUACGUACCUUUUUCUGAAGGAACAACUUGAAAUAUCUACCAUGCCAGCCCCUUCCACAAUUCUUCAUGGGACAAUAAUAGAUCAGUUCAUAUCAUGCGGGAAUACAAGAGAAAGAGCUCACGAGCUAGCUUCUCUGAUUUGGCUCGCUGUUAUCGACAAUCUGGACGAAGAAGAGAGGACAUUUUAUUUACUGAAGCGUUUGGCACUGGAGGGAAAUGUAUUUCUUCCUUUCCCAUAUUCAAGAUCAAACGAAGUGUUGUGGAGGAUAUUUGAGAAGCUUUUCACAGAUUUCCGUGACUGUUUGAAAAAUUCCGAGUACUAUGACCUGUUGGCGAGCGCUAAGUCCAGAUUUCAGCCAAUACCAUCUACUUGGUUUUAUUUAUGAUUGGAAAUUGAUAACUACAUACUACAUUGUUGCUUUUUACUGAAAGAAACCUGGGUACUACAAAGUGAGACCGUUAUUGUUUAGUUGGGACCUUGGAAGAAUCUAGUUAGUAGUAUUGUUUUCGAGUUUGGUUGUUGGUUGUAAAGGGUGAUGGACUUCUUCAAAGUAAGGAAGUUUAGGAAAGCUCGAAAACCAAAUUCGCAGGAAGAUUUAGAGGAGAAGCCAAUUCCACAUCCUGGAGAACCAAACAAUGAGAAUGACAAGCCUAAUGGAAAAUCAGUUGCAAUGGAUGCACCUGUUGAUGUGGAUGAAGAUGAUGAUGAUGAUUUUAUCACAAAUGAGGUGAAAAGGAGGUUGAAAGAAUUGAGGAGAAACAGUUUCAUGGUGCUCAUACCUGAAGAGGAAGGUGCUGAAGAAGAAGACGAAGAAGAAGGUGAGACAAGCUCAAGUGAGGGAAGAGAUAUGGGAACUCAAGUUGAACAUCUGUAUUGUGAUUUUGAAUCUAUAUAUGAGAAGUAUUGUGAGAGGAUGCUCUUCUUUGAUCGGAUGAGUUCUCAGCAACUCAAUGUGGCUGGCCCCAGGAGUCCUUCCACACAAUCUCCAAGAGCUGCAUCUAGAAAGCUUGUAUCUUCUUUCCGAUGCCUCUCUCUUAAAAAGAUGGAAGAACCUGAUAGUGACACUGAGCAACUGCAGCAACCAGAUGAUAGUCCUUCACAGGACCUCGAAACUGCAUAUGUAGCUCAUAUUUGCUUGACAUGGGAAGCCCUUCACAGUCAGUACACACAGCUGAGGCAGAAGAUAUCAUGCCAACCUGAUAAUCCUACUUGUUAUAACCACUGUGCACAGCUAUAUCAGCAGUUUGAGGUGCUGUUGCAGAGAUUUAUUGAAAAUGAGCCUUUUGAGCAAGGUUCAAGAGUUGAAAAGUAUGCUCGAAGCCGAAAUUCUUUGUCCAAGCUACUACAGGUUCCCAAGGUGCAAGUGUUACUGAAUGGUUCAGGUACCUCUCAAAAUGUGGUUGAAGACGAGGAGUCAGAGUACCGAAUUCUUGCCCCUGACCUUCUUAAGUUGAUUCAGACAUCAAUCUUGACCUUCUACACAUUCUUGAGGAUGGACAAGAAAAAAGCUGGUGGGGUUCGCAAUCUGUUUGGAAACCAGAAUCAAAUGACUACGCCUCUUCAACAAGUUCAGUCAGUUGCAGACAAGAAAGGGUUGAAACUGAAGGAAUUGCGCAAGAAGAAAAGCUUUAAAAAGAAGGCAUGGCCAUCAAUGCAGGAAGAAGUGUUUCUGCUCUUAAGUCUCAUUGAUGCCAAAGUUGUGUCAAGGGUAUUGAGAAUGGCUAGGAUAACCAAAGACCAAUUGCUUUGGUGUGAAGAUAAGAUGAGAAAACUUGAUUUAACAGACGGGAAGCUACACAGGGAUCCUUCUCCCAUUCUCUUUCCCUGUUGAUGAUUCUUCGCCAUUAUGUUCAAACUCUCCUUCAUUGGACUCUUCGUGUAUAGCCUUUUUCCAAUUCCUGCUUUUGAGGCACAAUGCGGUGGAGAUUUUGUGGAAUGCUGCAAGUAAUUAGAAGUUAAUUAGUAGUUACUCGUAUGUUCUACCGUCAUUGAGAUGCUGAUUAAUCCUUGGGUGUACGCGAGAAAUAAUCGCAUAAAAUGUAUUGGCUUCUGACUUAUCAUAUGCUGGAAGAGUCAUUAGAUUAUGGCACCCUUGACUAAUUAAGUAAUUAUGUAGAUGGGCAUGAAUAUUUGGUGAUCUGCUACUAGUAAUUUCAUAAUCAAUGGCUAUGAUCCCUUCUCUCCUGAAA